GGCGUGAAACCAGGACAAGCUGAUAUAAAAUACUUAGAGACUGCAAAGCGGUUGGAUCUCUAUGGUUUAGACCUUCACCCCGCACGGGAUAUGGAAAAUGUGGAAAUCUACAUUGGUGUCGGGUACAGUGGCAUUGUCGUUUAUCGCGACCGGAUUCGAAUUGGUCGAUUUGCCUGGCCAAAAGUUCUGCGCAUCUCCUACAAAAAAAACUGCUUCUAUUUAAAGAUUCGUCCUGACUAUGUAAGUUUGCUUGAGAAAAAAAUCAUUUACAAUAAAAGGCAAAUUCUACUUCAGUCAGACAAAACUAAUCAGCCAUUUAUUUAG